AUGGGCUUCUUCCUGCUCAACCUCUCCCUCACAGACCUGGGCUGCAUCUGCACCACUGUCCCCAAAGCCAUGCACAAUUCCCUCUGGGACACCACAACCAUCUCCUACAUGGGAUGUGCUGCGCAGCUCUUUUUCUUUCUGUUCUUCAUCACAGCAGAGUAUUUCCUCCUGACCAUCAUGUGCUACGACCGCCACGUUGCCAUCUGCAAACCCCUGCACUACGGGACCCUCCUGGGCAGCAGAGCUUGUGCCCACAUGGCAGCAGCUGCCUGGACCACUGGCUUUCUCUAUUCUCUGCUGCACACAGUCAAUACAUUUUCCCUGCCCCUGUGCCAGGGCAAUGCCCUCGGCCAGUUCUUUUGUGAAAUUCCACAGAUCCUAAAGCUCUCCUGCUCAGGCACGUCCCUGAGGGAAAUUGGGCUUCUUGCUUUUAGUGCUUUUCCUUUUCUGGGUUGCUUAAUUUUUAUUGUUUUCUCCUAUGUGCAGAUCUUCAGGGCUGUGCUGAGGAUCCCCUCUCAGCAGGGACAGCACAAAGCCUUUUCCACGUGUCUCCCUCACCUGGCUGUCAUCUCAAUCUUUGUCAGCACUGGCAUAUUUGCCUACCUGAAGCCCCCCUCCAUCUCCUCCCCAUCCCUGGAUCUGGCCCUGUCAGUUCUGUAUUCAGUGGUUCCUCCAGCACUGAACCCCCUCAUCUACAGCCUGAGGAACCAGGAGCUUAAGGAUGCCCUGAGAAAAAUGAUGACUGGAUGCUUUUCAGGAGCAAUUAUGUGCCAGGUUUUUGGUGUGUAGCAUUUAGAAUAGGACUCCUUAAUGGCCCAGCCUUCCUGCUCAGGUUAUUC